AUGGGUGAGCUGAGAGCUCAUGCCCUUAUCAAAGUCAGAAAUCUCAAUUCAUAUAGUAAAACUGUUCAAAGGUCCAAUAACUCACAAAAAGAUUCCAAGAUGACUGAUCGUAAAGCAGUUAUUAAGAAUGCUGACAUGAGCGAAGACAUGCAACAAGAUGCUGUAGAUUGUGCGACACAAGCGAUCGAAAAAUACAAUAUUGAAAAGAUUUCAUUCCUAACAACAAUAUCUUUUUUAACCCACCAUUAUUCAAUUGAGAUUUGAUAUGUAUUAAGGGAAUGGAACAAUAAUAGAAAUUGAGCUCUAACUUUAGAUCCUGCAUCUAGAAUACCCUUGAGAAUACCUAUUACAUUGUGGCUCACAUCAGUCAAUGUGUAAUUGAGUUUCAAAAGGCCCAUUUUGAUUUUACUGUUCUAUCUCUGCACACCUGAUGAAUUAUAUUAUUUUUCAAAAGGUAUUAGUAUCUACAUUUUUGUAAUUUUCC